UCAAUUUAUUAUCAAAAUAUUAUCAAAAUCAAAUAUUCCACCGUACAGUUAGUUAUUCUAUAUAAUGACUUUCCAAAAUGAGGCGUAAUAUGGGAAGCGCUCAAUAAAUUGAAUCUAAAACAACUUAAAUAGAUUUCGUCGUUGAGCCAAAACAUAUUCGUGUACUAAAUUUUAUCAGAAUAUCUCCAAAAAUUGCGACCUGUAGGUUAAACUCUAGAAAAUAAGAGGGGCAGACAAGAUUAAAUCAAUUCAGAAAGUGACUUCUUCUUCUUCUUCUUCUAUGUCUUAUACAUAACUGCACAAAGUCAAUAUAGUCUCGUACCAGACGUGGUGUAGGGUAUAGAAAUUGAAGCGAGUGUAUAAACUUUUCACUUGCAUUUAUGUUAGAAUAACAGUUAGGAGAAACUUUCAUAAUUUGAUUAAUUUCUCAUAAGAGUCAAAAAAUCAGAAACAGUAUCACAACCAGCAUCAAUAUUAAUAGCUUUGCCGUUUCAAACAAUUGUACAGAUAUCAAUUUUGUCAUUUGGUAUAUAAAACUUGUGUGUAAAUUAUAUAUAAUUUAAUAACUAUGUCUAAUGUUAGUUUACCGUUCAAUCUUAUGAAUAAGAAAGCAAAAUGGAGGCACUCUUUCCACAUUUUUCUACACAUAUUUCCAUUAAUUCUAACGCCAUUAUUUUUUGGGAAAACCGAAAGUGUUAAUCACUGUGAGCCGCAUCGGUUUCAGUGCAAAAAUGGCAAUUGUGUAUUAGGAGCUAGUAUAUGCAAUGGUAUAAUGGACUGUUCGGAUGGCUCGGAUGAAGUAGAUUGUGGUAUAAAAAGUUGCAAAUCUCCACAUUGGUAUCAAUGUUCUGAUGCUCAUGGCCUUUGUGUGUCGGCCGAACUAUUAUGUAAUGGCUAUGAAAAUUGUCCUAAAGGUGAAGAUGAAUUGAAUUGUUCCUCUCACUCGAGCAAUGCCAGCACUAGCGAAUUUCAUAUUGGUUAUGGGCAUUCUAUGCAACGCAAUUGCACACAAUCUGAGUUUACCUGUAAAACAGACAAAUCCUGUAUUCCGUCAAGCUUUAUGUGCGAUGGUAAAUCGGAUUGUUUUGACAAUUCCGACGAAUCCUUAGGCUGCUUGGAAUCUCAAAAUCAAUGCCAAACAUACUUUUGCGAUAAUAAACAUUGCUUAGAAAGCUCAAAAUGGAUAUGCGAUGGCGUUGAUGAUUGUGGAGAUGGUAGCGACGAAAGAAAUUGCAGUAAAGCCCAAAGUUGCUUGCCUGAAGCAGGGACAUUCCUAUGCAGUGACAAUGUUACUUGUUUGCCCUUGCAAAAGGCGUGUAAUGGUUUAAGCGAUUGCCCCGAUGGAUCAGACGAAUCAUCACAAUGCCUAGCAGCAAAAAAUUGCAGCAAUUCGUCAUGUCCACCAGCUUCUAAAUGCCAUAUGCUACCACAGUACGGUGUUAAGUGCGUAUGUCCUCAAGGAUUUCGUUACUCUACGUCAGCUCAGUCAGUAUGCGUUGAUAUUAAUGAAUGCGAAGAGACAUUUGGUAUAUGCAGUCAAAAAUGUCGAAAUUUUCCGGGAAAAUUUGAAUGUUUUUGCGAUAAUGGUUACUUACUACAGGCAGACAAAUUUACUUGUAAAGCUCGGAUGGAGGAAAAACCUAUACUUAUUUAUACUACACAGGUGGCAGUGAUGGGCAUAAAUUUGCACUCUCGACGUUUAUAUACAAUAGCUACGAAUCUUACUAAAGUAAUAGGAGUUACUUACGACGGAAAGUACGUGUAUUGGACCAAUAUUCAUACUGGAGACGAAAGCAUAGUGAAAGCUAACGCGAAUGGUUCAGAACAAGUGGUUUUACUUACUUCAGGUUUGGAAGCACCCGAAGAUCUAGCAAUUGACUGGUUAACUGGAAAUAUAUACUUUUCCGAUAAUUUCAAACAUCAUAUAGCUGUCUGCUCGCAAGAUGGACAUUUUUGCACCGCUUUAGUAACUAAAGAGGUACAUCAACCUCGUGCGUUAGCCGUUUGGCCGCAAAAAGGUCAAAUGUUCUGGUCGGAUUGGGGUUACAGACCCAGUAUAAUGCGUGCUUCUAUGGAUGGUAGUAAUAUCAUGCCUUUAGUUAAUCAGAGCAUUUACUGGCCAAAUGGCGUAACCCUCGAUAUGCAUAACGAUCGCGUAUACUGGGUUGAUGCAAAAUUUGCCACCAUUGACUGUAUACGAACAGAUGGCACCGAUCGCCGUACUAUUUUGGAAGAUAUUCCGAAACAUCCAUACGGUCUGGCGAUCUACGAAGAUCGUCUCUAUUGGUCAGACUGGAUUACUAGGAGUAUACAUUUAUGCAACAAAUUCACGGGCAAAGAUCAUAGGAUUUUAGUUAAAGAUCGCACUAUAUAUUCUGUUUACAUACAUCAUCCAUCCAAACAAGUGAAAACUUCGCAUGCCUGUGAACACAAUUCGUGUUCACAUCUCUGCCUUUUAGCGGAAAAUAACAGAUCAUCUUGUGCUUGCCCAGAUGGCAUGCAAUUAGCCGACGAUCGUAAGCUUUGUAAAAAGUAUAUGAAAAACGAUCGUUUCUAUAUAGGCGUCGGUUCUCAUCUCUUAGAAGUAGAGCACACAAAAUUUGGAGGUCAUAAUAUAACAGCAACAUAUAAUAUUCAUUUCUUUAUACAUCAAAUAGCGUAUAAUACCGUAAAUAAUACAAUUUUUAUAGCUGAUAAUCUGCAGCAUGUGAUCAGUGAAUAUGAUAUGAAAGUACACGCGAUGAAAAUAUGGGUCAAGAAGAAUUUGGGAAAUGUUACCGAUUUAGCAUUUGAUCAUUUUGCUCAUAAUUUAUAUUGGUCGGAUGCCGAGAGACAUGUAAUUGAAGUAAUAUCUUUGCAAACCGGUUACAGAGCUGUUGUUUCUUUUUACGCAGGCCUAGAAGUGCCUAUCGGUUUUGUCAUCGUACCAGAAAACGGCGUAAUGUUCGUAGCUCUUAAGAAUCAUAUCAUCGCAAGAUCACUGAGUAAUCAUCGUCAGUCUACGCAUGUGUUCGAAAGAGACAUAAACGCUGAAGAAAUAAAAUUUGUAGCCGACAUGGCAACACAUACGCUUUACUGGGCAGAAAGUAAUAGAGGUGAAAUUUUUUUUACUAAUUAUAGGCAGAUCGAUGUGUUGUCGUUUCGAAAACAUUUACAUCGCCCAUAUUCUAUAAGUAUAGUCGGUAGUGAUUUAAUCUGGUCCGAACUUGGUUCGAACACUAUAUACUGGACUCAUAAAGGCAAUAUGGCAUACCUGAAACAUUUCGACAUUAAUAUUAACGACUUUAUGCCUAGUACACGCGCGCUAUCUCCUAAUAUGCUCGUUCUCGGAAGGCAAGCGCCCAGUGUUGUUGAUCAUCCGUGCCAACAUUGGAACGAUGGUUGUUCGCAUGUGUGCGUAACCUUUACAAAAAGUAAGGGAAGUUGCUUAUGUCCUGCCGGCAUGGUAUUUCUGAACGCUAACAAUCGCACCUGCAUUGAAUCUGUGAAUUGCGAAUUUCGUUGUACUUCCGGAGAAUGUCUAAUGGAAACGCAAAUAUGCGACGGGCGUGCACACUGCCCAGACGGUUCCGACGAAACGCUCUGCAAUGAAAAAAAGAAAAACCACACGAAAAUAUUGUGCACGAUGGAAGAGUUCCGCUGUCAUACUGGUGAACAAUGUAUAGAAGCGAAGAAACGUUGCGAUCACAUUAAACAUUGUUACGACGGGUCAGACGAGGAGCAUUGCGAUAAAUUUGAUAAAUCACACUACUGUCAUUUCCAUCAGCACAAGUGCAAUAACGGCCACUGUGUAGAUUUUAGCGUUUUAUGUGAUGGUUUUAACGAUUGCGGUGAUAAUUCUGAUGAAAUUCGCUGUACACUAACGGGUUCUACGCUUGUUUCAAAGCCUGAUUGCAAUAAAAAUAUGUUUCAAUGCACCAGCGGCACUUGUAUCGGCAAAAGUUGGGAGUGUGACGGUAAAAUUGAUUGUGCCGAUGCCUCCGAUGAACACGAAAAAUGUGCCGUGCGCGACUGUCCCCCUGAAAUGCACAAAUGUUUUUUGGGUCAAUGCAUUGAUAAGCGUUUAGUUUGCGAUGGUAACAGCGAUUGCAGUGAUGAAUCGGACGAAAUGAAUUGCAAAACUGAAGGAAAUGAAGACUCGUGUUUCGAUAAAUUUGUAUGUCCUAGUAAUAAAACCAUGUGUUUGGAACUUUCGGCCAAAUGCAAUAACAUCGCUGAGUGUCCAAGAGGAGAAGAUGAACUAAAUUGCGAUGACACCUGCAACUUAUAUGAAUUUCAAUGUAAAUCGAGCCAAAAGUGCAUACGAAGAGAAUUUGUAUGUGAUAGUGAUCGGGACUGUGAAGAUGGUUCGGAUGAAGAAAAUUGCAUUCACGACAAAAGCAACCAAUUUUCGCAUGAACAUAUGUGUGGCCCUAACAUGUAUAAUUGUAAAAAUGGAUUCUGCGUGGAUCUAAUGCGAGUAUGCGAUGGUAUUCAAGAUUGCGAAACGGGAGCGGAUGAAGGUCCUUUAUGUAAUACGGCCUGUCUUUCACUUAAGAAUGGUAAGGGAUUAGUGUGUGAAAAUAAAUGCAACCCUACGCCGAUUGGUGCGGUAUGCUCUUGCUACAAAGGUUACAGGCUGGAAGCUGAUCAGCGCUCCUGUACUGAUAUUAAUGAAUGUGAAGAAAUGGUUCCUUGUGGUCAAAUUUGCGAAAAUAUCAGUGGUUCAUAUCGCUGUUCUUGUUACCCUGAAUUUAUGUUGAGCACAGAUAAAACCACAUGCAAAUCGAUCGAAAGGGAAAACAGUAUUUUAUUCGCCACCUAUAAUGAAGUGCGCAGCAGGACGGAAAUGCCAAUUACGUUAAAGAUCGUCUGGAGUGCAAAUGAUUCAAAAAUUAAAAGUUUUGAUGUAAACAGCAGAACCCGUAAUGGUUACUUCAGUACAGACUCUGAACAUAUCCUCUACCAAGUGAAUGUAACCAAUGGAAAAAUUAUUAUGGGUUUGCUAGUAAACCAGCCCAGUAAGGUAGCUGUAGAUUGGAUUACAGAUAAUGUUUAUGUGAUCAGCGUUUAUCAGGUAUAUGAAAUUAAAGUCUGUUCCUUUAAAAGUAAAAUGUGCGGAACAGUUGUCAAAUCAAUGCCGAAUCAAAUAAUUAAAGCUCUUACAGUUGACGCUUAUAAUAAGAAGCUAUUUUUUGCUGUCUUGGAAAGCCAAGGCUCUGGCGAGCAUAAGUCACGCAUAGCCACAAGCAAUUUAGAUGGAGCUAAACGGCAUUAUAUACUAACCAAAGAAAAUGGCUUUAUUACUGCUUUGGCUUGUGAUCCUUAUAAACGAAUCCUAUACUUAAUAGAUCGUCAUCAGAGAAGCUUGCAAUUUAUAAGCUAUGCGGUAACAAAACUCUCCAGUAAACCCAUUACUAUUAUGGAGAAAACAACAGCAAUUACAAGACCUUCUGGUAUGAGUUGGUACGAAAAUGAAGCUUUUAUUGUUAAUUUAGGAUCGAAGGAGGCAGUUCGUUGCCAACUAUUUGGCGUUCACCACCACUGCAGGACUUUCGAUUUAAAUGUAUUAAAUGCUGCGAACAUUUUAAUAGACGGCAUCUCACGACAACCAAUGAAACGUAAUCCUUGCACUAUAGCGGAAUGCCGUGGUAUGUGCGUUCAAUCUGAGCACAAUUAUGUGUGCAUGUGCGAUGAUUCCAUUGUCAGUGAAACAAAAAAAUGCGAUUCAUUUAAUCAUGUAACGUCCGGGAGCUUAUUGGAAGUAGCGCCGACGACAAAUGUCGAAUCAAAUGGUAUCGCGGCGUCCAUAAGCAUUCUUGGAAUAAUUAUUUUAUUUAUCGGAAUAGGAUGUUUAUACUGCCGAUAUAGAAAUAAGGAAUCGAGUAAUGUUAUAGGUAACCUGCAUUUUCACAAUCCUUUGAGUGUGUAUUUUUCAAAUCGUGAGAAAUUAAAUAACAAUUUAACCGAAAAGGUGAAUAAGAAUUGCUGCGCGACCAUAUCUGAAACAUUGGAUAAGAAAUGUGAAGAUAUACACGUUGACUGGCGAAAGCAGACAAUCCUUGCCAAUCCAAUUGCCGGCGAAGACCGACAAAUUCAAUUGGAAGCCGUUAAGCCUGUAUCCUGUGAAAUACGAGACGCAAUCGUGUCAAAGCCAACGCUUAUACCAAAAAUUGUGAUCGAAGAUAUCAAUAUAGAUGAAUACGGGGGGGAUGAACCAAGUGCCCAACUUAUAUCCUAAAUACGAAAAUUCACACU